AAGCCGGGGAAAAUGCCUGCCCGUGCAGCUCGGAGCGCGCAGCCCGUCUCUGAAUAAGAAUGGCGGCCCCUGACUUGCUGGAUCCUAAAUCUGCCGCUCAGAACUCUAAACCGAGGCUCUCGUUCUCCACGAAACCCACCGUGCUUGCUUCCCGGGUGGAGACUGACACGACCAUUAAUGUUAUGAAAUGGAAGACGGUCUCCACGAUUUUCCUGGUGGUCGUCCUCUAUCUGAUCAUCGGAGCCACGGUGUUCAAAGCGUUGGAGCAGCCUCACGAGAUUUCCCAGAGGACCACCAUUGUGAUCCAGAAGCAGACGUUCAUUUCCCAGCACUCCUGUGUCAAUUCGACUGAGCUGGACGAACUCAUCCAGCAAAUAGUGGCAGCAAUAAAUGCAGGGAUUAUACCUUUAGGAAACACCUCCAAUCAAAUCAGUCACUGGGAUUUGGGAAGUUCCUUCUUCUUUGCUGGCACUGUUAUUACAACCAUAGGAUUUGGAAACAUCUCACCACGCACAGAAGGGGGAAAAAUAUUCUGUAUCAUCUAUGCCUUACUGGGAAUUCCCCUCUUUGGUUUUCUGUUGGCUGGAGUUGGAGAUCAACUAGGAACCAUAUUUGGAAAAGGAAUUGCAAAAGUGGAAGAUACAUUUAUUAAGUGGAAUGUUAGUCAAACCAAGAUUCGAAUCAUCUCAACAAUCAUAUUUAUACUGUUUGGCUGUGUACUCUUUGUUGCUCUGCCUGCAAUCAUAUUCAAGCACAUAGAAGGCUGGAGUGCCCUGGACGCCAUUUAUUUUGUGGUUAUCACUUUAACAACCAUUGGCUUUGGCGACUACGUUGCAGGUGGAUCAGAUAUUGAAUAUCUAGACUUCUAUAAGCCUGUCGUAUGGUUUUGGAUCCUUGUAGGGCUUGCUUACUUUGCUGCUGUCCUGAGCAUGAUUGGAGACUGGCUCCGAGUGAUAUCAAAAAAGACAAAAGAAGAGGUGGGAGAGUUCAGAGCCCAUGCUGCUGAGUGGACAGCCAAUGUCACGGCCGAAUUCAAGGAAACCAGGAGGCGGCUGAGCGUGGAGAUUUACGACAAGUUCCAGCGUGCCACCUCCAUAAAGCGGAAGCUCUCCGCAGAACUGGCUGGGAACCACAACCAGGAGCUGACUCCCUGUAGGAGGACCCUGUCAGUGAACCACCUCGCCAGCGAGAGGGAUGUCUUGCCUCCCUUACUGAAAACUGAAAGUAUCUAUUUGAAUGGAUUGACGCCACACUGUGCAGGCGAGGAAAUUGCUGUUAUUGAGAACAUUAAAUAGCCCUCUCUUUGAAGAGCCCUAGGCAUAGCCAUAGGUGAGGACUUCUAUAUGCUCUUUUUGACUGUUGUUGGUAGCGUUUUUUAAAUUGUGCAUGAGCUCCAAAAAGGAAAAAAAAAAAAAAAAUAGAUACACCUAUCAUGGUCAUCUACCAUCAAGAGAAUUUGAAUUCUGAGCCAGCACUAUCUUUUUGAUGAUUCUUGUUGAAUGGUCCACUUUCUUUGACCAGUGGAAUAAAACAAGCAAUGUCUGAUGCCUUUUUGUGCCCAGACUGUUUUCCUCUCUCUUUUCCAAGUGUGCCAAAAGGCCUCAGAAUGAAUUAUAAGU